AUGCUGGGAACCGCCGUCCCUUCGGAACCUGUCUAUCAAUCUUCUUCACGUCAACCCGCUCAGUCGUCAUCGAAUCUUGAGACCGGUAGCUCUAUAUCGACCUCGUCUAAUACCACCCCCACCUUCCCUGCCCCGCCAUCGGCAUCUGCCGCAGGUUCAUCCCGGUUUUCCACCCAGGAUGUUCCGGCUUAUAUCAGAGCAUCCUCGCAUCCUAGCUCGCGGUCUUCGGAAUCUUCGACAGUCACGCCUGGGCCGACCCCUAUACCAACAUCUGCGCAGAUGAACCCGCCCUCUGUGGUUCCAUCGGGUCAAGGGGGGCAGACGGGCACUGCGCCACCAGGCUUUGGAGGCCGGCAUACGGCGAGCCAUUCUUCCCCAGCCUCACCGCAGCUAAGGCCAACGUUACGGUCCCUCCGAUCGCUGGGGGGCUCAGAAGCCAGUUCUCCUAGCCGUAUUAAGAUCCGCGACCUGUCCCACAUCCAGAGCUUCGCCAGCGAGGAGUUUCUAGCUCCGCCACAGAGGACCCGAGCAUCGGGGCACUGGGCUCAAGAGCGCCAGUUCGAAAUCAGUUCCAUGCCGGUCACGGACAUUAUCGAAAUGGUUGCAGGGCUUCUGACCAAGAUUACCACUACCAACGAUUCUCAUCAUGAGCAGGUCCAUCGGCAAAUCCCUUCUGUCGAUGGGUCGAGCAAUUUGAGCCAACAAGCGCACAGCGUGCUUGCAUUUCACGGCAAAAACGUUCCGAGUAUUAGUAUCCUGAGCUAUCUCACCAGGAUUCACAAGUAUUGCCCCACGACCUAUGAAGUCUUUCUCAGUCUACUAGUGUACUUCGAUCGCAUGACCGAGAUGGUCAAUAAAGGUCAAUUAGACCGUUUACGCGGUCGCUACAAUCGUACAGAUGCCUUACAAUCUGACGUCGCAUUCAGACCUAGAUCUUCGGAGUCGUCUAUCACACAGAGGUCUCAUACCUCACCAAUGGUGACUCCGCCGCCCUCUGCUGGGAUUACAGCACAAGACUCGGCAUCGACGUCACCUGUUUCCCCGGCCAUGAAUCCGCUGCAAGGAGAGGACUAUCUCUCACACUUUUUUGUUGUCGACAGCUUCAAUAUUCACCGACUAGUUAUUGCUGGCGUAACUUGCGCUAGUAAAUUCUUCUCUGAUGUAUUCUACACCAAUUCUCGAUACGCUAAGGUCGGAGGCCUUCCUCUAGCUGAGCUGAACCACCUCGAGCUUCAAUUUCUGCUCUUAAAUGACUUCCGCCUCUCAAUACCGGUCGAAGAACUGGAAGCAUACGGGACCAUGCUUGUGGAGUUCUAUGCGCGGGAAAUUGUAGCUCAGCAGCAGCAGCAGCAACAACAACAACAACAACAACAACAACACUCACAGUCUCAGGCAGGACCAAUGGCACGGGAGUCAGAAUCGGACGCGAUGUACAUGCGGCGCCAGCCCGCACACCCGGAAGUCCGUCAAACCAGCACACCACCUUGAAAUAUCAUUAAGACAUAAUUAGACGACGUAUCUAUAGCCCGCGAGGCUCCCCUAUAUCCGCACCGCGUACGCCUACAUCGCCAGGCACUGAUCCUGCACC